AGACCAUUUUUAAUACACACUCUAAACGUUUUGGUUUUUUGGAUUAUUAAAAUUUAUUUUAUUAAGGUUUAUUGUUUAUUUAGAUAUUUCUGGUAGCUGCAAUCAUGGCUGAUGCUGCUGCUAGACAACUUCAAUAUGAAUAUAAAGCGAAUUCCAACCUUGUUUUACAAGCCGAUGUACGUUUGAUCGAGCGACCGAGACGUGAUGAGGCUACUGGUGAAGUGGUUUCACUUGUUGGUAAACUAGAUGGUACAAGAAUGGGAGAUCGAUAUCAAAGAACAAAACCUGAGAAAACGGAAGAACGGAAAGCCAAACGUCAGAAACGCGAUGAAGCGCAAUAUGACUUUGAUAGAAUGAAAGGGGCAACUUUGUUAUCUGAAGGUAUUGAUGAAAUGGUUGGAAUUGUUUACAGGCCAAAAACGCAAGAAACUAGGCAAACAUAUGAAGUUAUACUUAGUUUUAUUCAAGAGGCUUUGGGUGAUCAACCUAGGGAUAUUUUAUGUGGUGCCGCAGAUGAAAUUUUGGCUGUUUUAAAAAAUGAUAAAAUGAAAGACAGGGACAGAAAAAAAGAAAUAAAUAAUUUGCUUGGACAAGUUUCAGAGGAAAGAUUUGCUUUGCUAGUUAAUCUUGGGAAGAAAAUCACAGAUUUUGGUUCUGAAGCAAUUUCAGCUUUAAAUGUAGCGAAUGAGGAACAUAUUGAUGAAACCUACGGAAUAAAUGUGCAAUUUGAAGAAUCAGAGGAAGAAAGUGAUGAAGAUAUGUACGGUGAGAUUCGAGAUGAAGAUGGACAAGAAGAGGGAGAGGAAGCUCGAGUUGAUCAUACCUUGCAUGCUGAAAAUUUGAACACUGAAGAUGUUGGCAACACUAAGAAAGAAAGAGCAUUACAUCCUCUUGAUAUUGAUGCUUACUGGCUUCAAAGGUGUUUGAGUAAAUUCUACAAGGACGCUAUGAUAUCGCAAGGAAAAGCUGCGGAAGUAUUAAGUGUAUUGAAAGACGCUAAAGAUGAUCGUGAUUGUGAAAAUCAAUUGGUUUUAUUACUGGGAUAUGAUUGCUUUGAUUUCAUUAAGCAACUUAAAAAUAAUCGGCAAAUGAUAUUAUAUUGUACAAUGCUGGCAUCUGCUCAAACAGAUGGGGAAAGGCAAAAAAUUCGAGAUGCCAUGAAAAAUGACGGCUUCUUAUCUAAAAUUUUGCGACAAUUGGAUACUGGAAAAAGUGAAGAAGAUAUGUCAAGCGAUGUAUCAAAAUCAAAGAAAAGCAAACAAGAAAACUCAGAUGAUGUGCAGGGUUAUAUUGGUCAAAUUGCGGGACAACGAAAUUUGUUAGAAUUCGAAGAGUUAGUAUUUAAUCAAGGAGCGCAUUUCAUGGCUAACAAACGUUGUCAAUUGCCUGACGGAUCUUUCAGAAAACAACGAAAGGGUUACGAGGAAGUUCACGUUCCCGCUUUGAAACCUGUACCAUUUGAUGAGAAAGAGGAACUAGUUGCUAUUGAAAAACUACCGAAAUAUGUACAACCAGUUUUUGAUGGUUUUAAAACUUUGAAUCGGAUUCAAAGUCGUUUAUGCAAAUGUGCUUUGGAAUUAGAUGAAAAUAUUUUACUUUGCGCACCUACUGGUGCUGGCAAGACAAAUGUUGCUCUUUUGACUAUGAUGAGAGAAAUUGGGAAACAUAUUAACGACGAUGGUACAAUAAACGCCGAUGAAUUUAAAAUCAUUUACGUAGCUCCUAUGAAAUCUCUGGUACAAGAAAUGGUUGGUAACUUUGGAAGAAGAUUGGCUUGUUUCAAUUUAACAGUUUCUGAGUUGACUGGGGACCAUCAACUUACAAGAGAGCAGAUUGCUGCAACACAGGUGAUAGUUUGUACUCCAGAAAAGUGGGAUAUUAUCACAAGAAAAGGAGGUGAGAAAACAUUUACUUCUUUGGUCAGGUUAAUCAUUAUCGAUGAAAUCCAUUUACUUCAUGAUGAAAGGGGUCCUGUUUUAGAAGCUUUGGUUGCCCGCACAAUUCGCAGCAUAGAAACAAAUCAAGAAGAUGUAAGGCUUGUAGGUUUAUCAGCUACUCUUCCAAAUUACCAGGACGUUGCAUCGUUUCUCCGGGUGAAGCCAGAUAAGGGGCUGUUUUAUUUCGACAAUAGUUUUAGACCAGUUGCUUUGGAGCAACAAUAUAUCGGCGUGACAGAAAAAAAAGCAUUAAAGCGUUUUCAAGUUAUGAAUGAAAUUGUGUUCGAGAAAACAAUGGAACAUGCUGGCAAAAAUCAAGUAUUAGUUUUUGUUCAUUCUAGAAAGGAAACUGGAAAAACCGCUAGAGCAAUUCGUGAUUUGUGCCUAGAAAAGGACACAUUAGGAAGUUUCCUAAAAGAAGGAUCAGCAAGUAUGGAGGUUCUUAGAACAGAAGCGGAACAAGUUAAAAACUCCGAAUUGAAAGAACUUUUACCUUAUGGUUUCGCUAUUCAUCAUGCUGGUAUGACAAGAGUUGAUCGUACACUAGUUGAAGAUCUUUUUGCUGAUCGUCACAUACAAGUUCUUGUUUCUACAGCAACAUUAGCUUGGGGUGUAAAUUUACCAGCACAUACCGUCAUAAUAAAAGGUACACAGGUAUAUAAUCCUGAAAAAGGACGUUGGGUUGAACUAAGUGCUUUAGAUGUUUUACAAAUGCUUGGUAGAGCUGGACGUCCACAAUAUGACACGAAAGGUGAAGGUAUCCUUAUAACAAAUCAUAGCGAAUUGCAGUAUUACUUGUCAUUGUUGAACCAACAGUUACCAAUUGAAAGUCAAUUUGUAUCAAAAAUGGCAGAUAUGUUAAAUGCUGAAAUCGUCUUAGGCACCGUACAGAAUCUGAAAGAUGGUGUGGUUUGGCUAGGCUAUACUUAUUUGUAUAUAAGAAUGUUAAGACAACCAACUUUGUAUGGAAUAUCGUUUGAUAAAAUUAAGGCAGAUCCUUUACUUGAACAACACAGAGCCGAUUUAAUACAUACUGCUGCAUUACACCUCGAUCGCAGUGGUUUGGUAAAAUAUGAUAGAAAAAGUGGUCACUUCCAAGUAACAGAACUUGGUAGGAUUGCAUCCCACUAUUAUUGUACACAUGAAACUAUGAUGACAUAUAACCAGUUGUUAAAACCAACUUUAAGUGAAAUUGAGUUAUUCAGAGUAUUUUCCCUUUCAUCUGAGUUUAAACAUAUUACCGUGCGCGAAGAAGAAAAACUUGAACUGCAAAAAUUAAUGGAAAGAGUCCCAAUUCCAAUAAAGGAAUCAAUUGAAGAACCUAGUGCAAAAGUAAACGUGUUAUUGCAAGCUUAUAUUUCUCAAUUAAAACUUGAAGGAUUUGCUUUGAUGUCCGAUAUGAUUUUUGUAACACAAUCAGCAUCUAGAUUAUUGCGAGCAAUUUUUGAAAUUGUUCUUCAUCGAGGUUGGGCGCAGCUCUCAGAUAAAGCUUUAACUUUAUGCAAAAUGAUUGAUAGAAGAAUGUGGCAAUCGAUGACACCUUUAAGGCAAUUUAAAAAAAUGCCAGAAGAAAUAUGUAAAAAGCUUGAGAAAAAAAAUUUCCCUUGGGAACGUCUUUAUGAUUUGGAGCCCAAUGAAAUUGGAGAACUAGUCCGCAUUUCAAAAUUGGGUAAAACAAUCCACAAAUAUGUUCAUCAGUUUCCAAAAUUGGAAUUAUCAACCCACAUUCAACCGAUAACUCGAUCAACACUUAAAGUAGAAUUAACAAUAACUCCAGAUUUUCAAUGGGAUGAAAAAGUACAUGCUCAAUCCGAAGGAUUUUGGAUUCUCGUGGAAGAUGUUGAUUCAGAAGUGAUUUUGCAUCACGAAUUUUUCUUAUUGAAGGAAAAAUACGUUAAUGAAGAACAUUUGGUGAAAUUUUUCGUUCCAAUUUUCGAACCACUUCCGCCUCAAUACUUUUUACGAAUAGUUUCGGACAGGUGGAUUGGAGCUGAGACGCAAUUACCAGUUUCUUUCAGACAUCUUAUAUUGCCAGAAAAAAAUGUUCCCCCAACAGAGUUGUUAGAUCUUCAGCCAUUACCUAUUACGGCUUUACGUAAUCCAAAGUUUGAAGUGUUUUAUGAAGAUAAAUAUGUUCAAUUUAAUCCAAUUCAAACUCAGGUGUUUAAUGCAAUUUAUAAUAGUGACGAUAACGUUUUCGUUGCUGCUCCGACUGGAUCUGGAAAAAUGACUGUGGCAGAAUUUGCAAUAAUAAGAUUGUUUUCACAAAAUCAAGAUGGUCGUUGUGUUUACUUGGUGCCAAAAGAAACUUGUGUUGAAUACGUUUUUAGUGAAUGGUAUACUAAGUUUGGUAGUAUGAACAUAAAAGUUGUAAAGUUAACUGGUGAAACUGGCACGGAUUUGAAAUUGAUUGCAAAAGGGCAAAUCAUUAUAACUACAGCUGAAAAGUGGGAUAUUUUAUCGAGACGUUGGAAACAACGUAAAAAUGUGCAAAACAUUCAACUCUUUAUCGUUGAUGAAUUACAAUUGAUAGGUGGCGAAGAGGGACCUGUUUUGGAGAUAGUUUGCUCCAGAAUGCGUUAUAUAUCGUCGCAAAUCGAAAAACAAAUUCGUAUAGUAGCGCUUUCUUAUUCUUUAGCAGAUGCAAGAGAUGUGGCUCAAUGGUUGGGCUGUAAUGCGAAUUCUACAUUUAAUUUUCAUCCAAGUGUUAGACCGAUUCCAUUAGAAUUACAUGUUCAAGGAUUUAAUAUAACACAUAACGCUUCUAGAGUAGCGUCAAUGUCAAAACCAGUUUAUAACGCUAUAAUUAAAUAUAGUCCACAUAAACCCGUUAUAAUUUUUGUUUCUUCAAGAAAGCAAGCUCGAAUAACAGCGGUUGAUAUACUAACAUAUUGCGCUUCAGAAUUAAUGCCUAAUCGAUUUUUCCAUGCUGAAGAAGAGGAUAUUAAACCAUUUUUAGAUCGAAUGACUGAUAAAACAUUAAAAGAAACAUUAUCCCAGGGCGUUGCUUAUAUUCAUGAAGGAUUAACAUCAUCUGAUCAUCGUUUAGUUGAACAGCUAUUUGAUUCUGGAGCAGUUCAAAUAGCUGUAGCAACACGUGAUUUAUGUUGGGGUUUAAAUAUUUCAGCACAUUUAGUUGUAAUAAUGGAUACACAAUAUUAUAAUGGAAAAAAUCAUUCAUAUGAAGAUUAUCCUAUCACAGAUGUUUUGCAAAUGAUCGGUAGAGCUAAUCGACCGAUAGAAGAUGUCGAUGCUAAAUGUGUAUUGAUGUGUCAAACAUCUAAGAAAGAUUUCUUCAAAAAAUUUUUAAGUGAACCGUUGCCUAUUGAGAGUCAUUUAGAUCAUAAAUUACAUGAUCACUUCAAUGCUGAAAUUGUAACAAAAACAAUAGAAAAUAAACAAGAUGCUGUGGAUUACUUAACAUGGACUUUCUUAUAUCGUAGACUUACACAAAACCCGAAUUACUAUAAUCUGCAAGGUGUCACACACAGGCAUCUUUCUGAUCAUCUUUCUGAAUUAGUUGAAAAUACAUUAGCAGAUCUUGAACAAUCUAAAUGCAUAAGUAUUGAAGAUGAUAUGGAUACGUUACCAUUAAAUCUUGGAAUGAUUGCUGCAUAUUAUUAUAUCAAUUAUACGACAAUAGAACUCUUCAGUUUGUCAUUAAGUAAUAAGACUAAAAUUAAAGGGCUUCUUGAAAUAAUAUCAUCAGCUGCUGAAUAUGAGGAUAUUGUAGUUCGACAUCAUGAAGAAAAUAUUUUACGUAGUUUAGCUCAAAGAUUACCAAAUAAAAUUACCGGCCCUAAUGAUACUGCACCAAAAUAUAAUGAUCCACAUAUUAAAACAAAUUUGUUAUUACAAGCGCAUUUAUCUAGAUUACAGCUUGGACCAGAACUUCAGGGUGAUACGGAAAUAAUUUUGGGAAGAGCUAUUCGAUUAAUUCAGGCUUGUGUAGAUGUUUUAAGUUCUAAUGGUUGGCUUUCUCCGGCUGUUGCUGCUAUGGAAUUGGCACAAAUGGUUACACAAGCAAUGUGGAGUAAAGAUUCUUAUUUAAAACAGUUACCACAUUUCACAUCUGAAAUCAUUAAAAGAUGCACAGAACGGCGUAUUGAAACCGUUUUUGAUAUCAUGGAACUUGAAGAUGAUAAUAGAAUUCGUUUACUGCAAUUAUCAGAUAACCAAAUGGCAGACGUUGCACGUUUUUGUAAUCGUUAUCCUAAUAUUGAAAUGAGUUUUGAAGUUUUAGAUAAAGAGCGAGUAAAUUCCGGAUCAACAGUAAAUAUUUUGGUACAAUUAGAACGUGAAGAUGAGGUUACUGGUCCAGUUAUUGCACCAUUUUUCCCACAGAAAAGGGAAGAGGGCUGGUGGGUUGUUAUUGGAGAUCCAAAAACAAAUUCUUUACUAUCAAUUAAACGUUUAACACUACAACAAAAAGCUAGAGUUAAAUUAGAUUUUGUUGCACCGAGUCCAGGUCGUCAUGAAUACACAUUGUAUUUUAUGAGUGAUUCAUAUCUGGGUUGCGAUCAAGAAUACAAAUUUGAAAUCGACGUUGGAGAUUUUCAAUCUGAUAGUGGAAGUGAAUCAGAUUAAAAAUUUAAUUUUUAAGAUUUAUUGGUGUAUUAAAAGAGCUUUGGUAAUAAAAUAUUAAGAAAAUUAUUGUAUA